CUAGUAUGAGUAAUUCAGUAGUAUGGUUGUAUGAUUGUCUGGUUGAGCUUCGUGUUACAAGUUUCAACCAGAAAACACAAAUUUAUAUUUGAAACCAAACAAAAAUGGCGUAAGCAGGUCAAUUUUGCAACCAUCAUCUCAGCUUCUCCCCCACAAAUUCCACCCAUUUCCUUACUUUCGCUUUCACUCUACAAUUAUUUACCCUUAUUUUCAAACUUCAAAGUUUCCAACUUUCAGCAAGAAUUUGCAGCUAAAUCAAUGGCGAUUAUGGCUUUCAAGACAUCAACCUAUUCCUCUUAUGGCCGCUUACCUUUCUUUCUCUCUCCUCCUCAGUUGACUACUACAUGUGUCUCCACAUGGUCCAAGAAGCUCCCCUACCACCCCCGUCGCAUGAUAGUUUUUUCUCAGUAUUCACAGACACAAGAUCUUUUUACAUCACGUCUUCAGGAACGUAUCCAAAACCUGCCAAGGCUUGUUGAGGAUAUAGUCCAGACAUCCAUAAAUACUGGUCCUCGUGGAGCCUUAAGAUUAGCUCAAGGAGUCCAAGCAGUUGUUGGGGUGGGGGGUGAAUGGCUAGCAGAUGUCUCAAAGUGGACAAAUACAUCAGCUGGAUUACCUCCUGAAUUACAGCUGGGUUUGGUUUCUCCCUUCUAUCUGAGAAAAUUGUUUGAACGCUUAGGGGCAACCUAUAUCAAAUUGGGUCAGUUCAUAGCAUCUGCACCUACACUGUUCCCUCCAGAGUAUGUUGAGGAGUUUCAGAAGUGUUUUGAUCGAGCUCCUGCAAUUCCGUUUGAAGAAAUCAAAGCAAUUUUGAAUGAAGAACUAAAGAGGCCGAUUGAUAGUGUCUAUGAAUAUAUUGAUCCAACACCCCUUGCAUCAGCCUCAAUUGCACAGGUUCAUGGUGCCAGGCUAAAAGGCUCUCAAGAAGAUGUUGUCAUAAAAGUUUUGAAACCUGGGAUAGAAGAUAUAUUAGUAGCUGAUCUGAAUUUUGUCUACAUUGUGGCUCGCAUUCUCGAGUUUUUAAACCCGGAAUUCAGCCGCACUUCACUGGUUGGUAUUGUUAAAGAUAUUAGAGAAUCAAUGCUUGAAGAAGUUGACUUCAGUAAGGAGGCUGCAAAUAUUGAGGCCUUUAGAAGGUACCUGGACACUAUGGGACUCACUAGGCAGGCUACAGCUCCAAGAGUAUACUACCAUUGUAGCACCAAGCGAGUUUUGACAAUGGAGAGGCUUUAUGGAGUUCCUCUUACUGACCUAGACUCCAUUAAUUCCCUUGUUUCCAGUCCUGAGACUAGUCUAAUAACUGCUCUUAAUGUCUGGUUUGGCAGUUUGCUUUCAUGCGAAUCUUUUCAUGCAGAUGUGCAUGCUGGUAAUCUGUGGCUGCUACGUGAUGGCCGUAUUGGAUUUCUUGAUUUUGGUAUUGUAGGUCGUAUAUCUCCAAAAACAUGGGCUGCCAUGGAAGUGUUUCUUCAAUCUAUUGCAACAGAAGAAUAUGAAUCAAUGGCAUCAGCUUUGAUUGAAAUGGGUGCGACUAACCAGAAUGUGGAUACUAAUGCCUUUGCAAGAGAUCUUGAAAAGAUUUUUUCCUCAAUACAGGAUUUAGAUACAGAAAUUGUCGUUGCAACAGCAAGAGGGCCAAGUACAAAUACAACUGCUGUUGCUGCUAAUGUGGUUGUUGAUGAGAGGCAGAUGAAUGCACUAUUUCUUGAUCUAGUACGGGUGAGUGAGUCAUAUGGACUAAAAUUCCCUCGGGAAUUCGCCCUUCUGUUGAAGCAACUUCUGUACUUUGAUCGAUACACUCGUUUGCUGGCUCCCAAUAUGAACAUGCUACAAGACCAGCGAGUCACUGUUGUCUCAAAUAGAAGAGCUAGCAGCAAUAGAGGUAGAUUCUAAUAGGAAGUGUGCACUAUCCUUAUAUAUAUACUUGGAUAUCAUCUUCUGAGCACACACUCGAGCAGCUUUUGCUCGGGUGAUUUGAUGAAAAAGCAUAUGCAUAUCCAGGGAAGCAAUGAUAUGAUCUGUAAUAAUCUGAAUGAGAAAUUUUUUGUUAAAAUGUAAAUAUAAAUAGAAAGAGUUCCAUGCAUGAAUAGCAAAAUACAUAUUUGCUGUGUUGUAGACUUGUAAAAUUCUCAGUAGAAUUUUUGUAUAAUCUUGUACUAUACAAAUUGCUUUUUAAAUUUAAUGUAUAAACAAAUACAGACCUUUGU